CCGGGAGAGGCUUAAUUGGGCGCAGCUGAAACCCAUCUAAAAAGUGUGUGUCUCUCUCUCUCUGACAUAAAAACACUAGUAGUGAUGGAGGCGAGAGAGGCGAGGCAAGAGAUACAGACUGGCCGUGGGCAGAGAAGUCGGCAGACCUGGGGAGAACCCACACGGCGUGCGCUCGGAGGAAGGCAGCAGAGCGCACGAUCCAGUCCAGCCUGUGUGAAUAAGACUGAAUAACUAAAUAAAGAGUGGUUGAGAAACACUAAUUGACCGUGUGCUGGCGUACUUGUGCUCCCAGGACUCACAGGGGUAGCAAGAGUUUGUUACAGUGGCAAAACAUAUUUUUAGCAUUGUAAAACUUUUAAUCACAUGUUUACUCGCUGUAUUAGAAACCCAGGCCCAUGAUUGGUGAUGAGUGGGUGUUGAUUGUGGUUAGUAUCUGAUAAUUCUAGGAUGUGGAGGUAAAGUUUCUUCUUCCUUUAAAAUUCAUAUAAAAUCUUAGUCAAUCGUGCAAACAUGCAACUUUGAAAUGAGGAGGAGAGGAGAUCUCACAUUUAAGACACUGGUAGGCACAAAGACGUGGCCUAUCGAUCUCUUUGCCGGUCAAACUGGUUACUGUUGAGUUCGGAGGAAAGAUGAAAAACAAACUCUCACUUAUGAGUCAGACAAGUAGAACAACACUGUCAUUGCCUCCGAGUCUUGUGUACUAUAUAUUGUUGGCUGGAUUUUAUUUCCAGCUGGAUGCUAUAUAUGUUAUUGUAUGAAUUUAGGAUCUGUUCAGAAUUCCGUACCUGGUGUUGUUUGUGUUUUGUGUGUCUUUCAUGCAGAUGUUUAUGUCUGUGUGUCUGUGUGCCUAUAUUAGUUUGACCUUCAUCUGGAGAAUUCCUUGAUGAUCUUAAUGUAACAUAAAAAGAUUUUUUUGUACACUGUGAAAUACCGCAGACAGGCCUUCCUUGUGCCGUACAGACAGCAGUCAUGUGAGAGGAAGGAAACACCCUCCCCUGGCAUCAUGUGAUCGGUGCAGAAAGUAACACGGCAUGCAGCAUGUUGAUGGGCUCACUUGCAUGUACACACAAUCUUAUAUUCACAUACCUACGCUCAGUCAUACUAAUAUUGACCUCACAAACACAAGUGAUCACACUGAAGACAUUGAAUUCAAACAUCUGAUAAUUGCAUUCAAAUGAUUUAAAGCAUAACACACAGUCCCGUCAAGUUCAGUUUAUUUGGCUACAUGCGAAAUGUGACUCACUGCAUGGUUGCAUCAUCACAGACUCAACAACAGCAAGCGGAAUAAAAAGUAUCUGCACGUAAUAAAAUGUCACAGCAAUAAGCCAAUUAGAACAGAUACAAUUAAUGAGUAAGGGCAACUUAUCAAGAAAUCCACAAGCCAAAGAUCACAUUACAGUGCUACAGUGUUGGUAAAUACAUAUGAGGCAAAUACAUUGUUAGAACGCAAAUUAAGUGUUUUUAUUACACAUACUAAGAAAGUUUGAAUCUAUGUGUAACAAAACCGGCCAUUUAAAUGGACAUGUAAUAAGUACUGUUAUACAUAACAUGAUUUAAAGGUUUGCACUCGGGAUGAUUGAAGUGGUGCAUCAUGAAUAAGAAGUGGGCGGUAGAAAAGAAGUGGAAGUGGCCAGGGAUGCGUGGCCUCCUCCAUUUUACAGCACAAUAGAACCUAAAGUGGUUCACCCCAGUCCCUCCCCUUUUCUGCCACGUGGUACGUUCCAACUCAGUAUUUAAAUCCGGGAGCUUGAAGGCUGUGCUAUUCAUGCAAUGAAAACCGGUGUAAUCCAGGAAGCAGCUGGGAGGCAGAGGCAGAGAGAGGGAGAGAGAGAAUCAGAGGAAAGAGGGAAGAAAAAAAUGCUUCAGCAGCACAUUUGAGGUGGCGACAGUUAAAAGAGGAGAAGCGGAGACAGAAAGAGUGGGGAUUGUAAGAUCCUGGUGUUAGAGCAGCUUGUGUUUAGGAGGUAGCGUAUGCUGUCUCUCUCUCCUCUGUCUCUCUUUGCUGUCAUUCUCUCUGCUCCACUGUGCCAGCUGGGGGAGGGUGCAUCGGUCGUCCCAGGCCUAGUUACAUGUCCCAGCAUCCCGCAAGAGCUCACACAAGGCCACUGCGACCGUAACCGAGACUGUGAGAAAAGGACAAGACAGUGAGAUAGAGACCUGUGUGGUGCAUCUGGGCCCAAGCCCCUCAAGCCCCAGAGAUCACUUCCAGGGACGCCUGUUUCUCUCACACACUACCCAAUCGACCUGCGAACAUCCAUGGACGAAAAAUACAAAGAGAUUGCUGAGGAGCUGUUCACACGCAGCAUGGCAGAGAGUGAGAUGCGAAGCGCACCGUAUGAGUUUCCGGAGGACAGCCCCAUCGAACAGCUGGAAGAGCGACGGCACCGCCUGGAGAGGCAAAUCAGCCAAGACAUUAAGCUUGAGCCAGAGAUUUUGCUCCGUGCCAAACAGGACUUCAUGAAAAUCGACAGUGCUGCAGACCUAGAGUUAUUGACGGAGUCGAGUUGGGACACUGAUGAUGUUGAUGAUGGCUUUAGGGAAAGGGCAUUGCCACUGGAGAGAGAAUACCAGCGGGUGUCAAUAUCUGGGGAGGAAAAGUGUGGGGUGCCAUUCGUUGACCUGGUUGAUGCUGCAAAGUGUGUGGUGAAGGCAUUAUUCAUACGGGAGAAGUACAUAAAGCGAUCCAUGCAAUCCUUUUGUAAGACCACAGCUCAUGCCCUGCAGGACCUCGGGAUGAAGCCUCUGGAUCUGACAGACUAUGACGAUAUAGCAGAGACCCCUGUAGAUGCUGAUGCCCCCGUUCACCCACCUGUCUCAAAGACACACCCCUAUGACAUGGACCCCAAGAAUAUGCCGGCAGACACAGGAUAUGGUUGCAAGAUGAUAAGUGGACUCGUCCACGUCUACAACAAGAAAACCAACAUGGACAAAAGCACAGAACUGGACCUGCCCUAUCCUGACCUGACGGAGUAUAUUGAAGACAUGAAUGUUAUGAUGGCCCUCAUUAUCAACGGCCCAGUGAAGUCUUUCUGCUACCGCCGCCUGCAGUACCUGAGCUCUAAGUUCCAGAUGCACAUCCUGCUGAAUGAGAUGAAGGAGCUGGCAGCGCAGAAGAAAGUUCCACAUAGAGACUUCUACAACAUACGAAAGGUGGACACACACAUACAUGCGUCAUCCUGCAUGAAUCAGAAGCAUCUGCUGCGAUUCAUCAAGAGAUCCAUGAAGAUAAACCCAGAGGAGAUCGUUCACAUUGAGCGUGGCCGUGGUCAGACCCUCAAGCAGGUGUUUGAGAGCAUGAACUUGACGGCCUUUGACCUGAGUGUAGACACUCUCGACAUGCACGCGGACCGUAACACGUUCCAUCGGUUUGACAAGUUCAACGCCAAAUACAACCCCAUUGGAGAAUCCAUCCUGAGAGAGAUCUUCAUCAAGACUGACAACUGCAUUGAAGGAAAAUACUUUGCACACAUAGUCAAGGAGGUGAUGUUUGACCUGGAGGAGAGUAAGUACCAGAACUCUGAGCUACGCCUGUCCAUCUACGGUCGCUCCAGGGACGAAUGGGAGAAGCUGGCUCAGUGGGCCCUCAAACAUCGCGUGUACUCUGAUAAUGUGCGCUGGCUUAUCCAGGUGCCCCGUCUUUUUGAUGUUUACCGAACAAAGAAGAAGCUGGCAAAUUUCCAGGAGAUGUUGGAGAAUAUCUUCAUGCCUCUGUUUGAAGUCACGAUCAACCCGCGCAGUCACCCUGAGCUGCAUCUCUUCCUGGAGCAUGUGGUGGGCUUUGACAGCGUGGACGAUGAGUCUAAACCUGAGCAACACAUCUUCAAUCUUGACAGUCCGCUGCCAGAAAACUGGACAGAAGAAGACAACCCACCUUACUCCUACUACCUCUACUACACCUAUGCCAACAUGACUGUGCUCAACCACCUGCGAAGGCAGAGAGGCUUUCGCAUGUUUGUGCUGCGACCUCACUGUGGGGAGGCGGGGCCGAUCCACCACCUGGUGUCAGGUUUCAUGUUGUCGGAGAACAUCUCCCAUGGACUGCUGCUCAGAAAGGCCCCGGUGCUGCAAUAUCUUUACUACCUGGCUCAGAUUGGCAUCGCCAUGUCCCCACUGAGUAACAACAGCCUGUUUCUCAGUUACCAUCGCAACCCUCUGCCAGAGUACCUGUCCAGAGGCCUCAUGAUCUCUCUGUCCACUGAUGAUCCUCUUCAGUUCCACUUCACCAAGGAGCCUCUGAUGGAGGAGUACAGCAUCGCUACUCAGGUGUGGAAACUAAGUUCCUGUGACAUGUGUGAGCUGGCAAGAAACAGCGUCCUAAUGAGUGGGUUUUCACACAAGGCCAAAAGCUACUGGCUGGGCCCCAAUUAUUCUAAGGAGGGUCCUACGAGCAACGACAUCCGUCGUACCAACGUCCCUGACAUCCGCGUGGCGUACCGCAGCGAGACGCUCUCCGAGGAGCUUCAGCUCAUCACUCACGCAGUGUGCACUGAAGAGCUGGACACCAUCAAUGAGGAGGACUCUCUGUCGAUGGGCCCUCUCCCGGAACAACGCUGAAGUCGCAAUAUCCAGGACUUGUCCUGUGAACCCUCAACCCUGUGGUCCACCCAGCAUGACACUGAAGAGGCGUGGUGUGAGAGUAAUUCACCACCAACCAUCACUAUAGAAGUAUGCCGCACACACAGCUACACAGCUCCCCAAAAGCCAAGGAUACAGAGCUUUCCAGAGCACGUCAGCUUCUACAUUCUUCCUUUUCUUGUGUUUGAAUCAUUUUUAGGUUUCAGGAAAGGACUUUAACCCCAUAUCAUUAAAGUUCCAACUACAUAGUCAGUGUUUUCCCAAACCUUUGUUUCUGCUUUUCUUCGUGGCAUGUUCAGUCUCAGUCAGCGUAAGGAAGGUUAGCAGAGAAGACCACCACCAGUGAUUCUUGUGAAUGAAAAGCAGAGAAACACUCGCCAGAGACGCUUUAGAGCAAUGUUGUCUUUAUUUCUUAGUCCAUGACCAGCCUGUCCUUCCAAAAGCUAUCAGAUGAUCCCUGUGAGCGACAUGUUGUAUUUCACCUGACACAUUACAUAGCAUGUAGUAUCUCUUUAGGAUCUGUGUACUACAGAAACACUGACAACCAGCACAUUUAAACUCUCUUUGCUGCAAACCUGCUCUGAACGUUUCUUAUCUUCCACUAUACAGUCAUGCUACUUAACUGAACCCAGUGCAUCGAUCAUCUUUAUUAUACAACCGUAUAGUGAAGCAUUACGGAUGUGGUUUUAUUGAAAUAAUACAGGUCAGGGUUGGAAGCACAAAACAAACUUUGACAGGUUUCAUGUUUUAAGCUACUUCACGGUUGCGCAAAGCUCGAAGAUGUACAGUAACUGAAUCAGAGAGAAGAGAAUGUAGCUUCUGUCUGAAUGCUGCAGUUCUGGAUAUCAGCCAUGCAUUGUGCUUAGUUUCAGAUCAUUUAUUUGCCAAAUGCACACAAAGAAUCAUUGUUCCGUGAUUUUAAUGAGCUCAGAAAGUGACAACUAAGGGAGAAAGUCCCUCGAGUCAGUACUAGAAGCAGACGUCCUGGUGGUCGACUGCAGACAUUCCACGAAGCAAACAGUCGUCUUUAGCUACAAAUGAAUCCAGUAAAUGUUGGAAAUCAUCUUUGUUUUAUGGUGUAUUUCUACCAACUUCCGAUGUAGAAGAUAUAAAAGGUAAAAGGGGGAAUGGGCAUAAUAGAUUGGAACCACAGCACAAAUAAGUUUGAUGGAUUCAGCAUCGUCUAAGAGUAACUCUUAAAGUUACCUCACGAUGUCUAUGAAUAUAUGGACCUUAGCUUUCCUCCUUUUGUCCCUGAUUUCAUUCAUUCCUUAUGGACAAACUAGAAAGUCAUGGAUUUGUUUCCCCCUUUGCAUGCAGUGCACUGUACAUAUGCACUAAGCCAAAACGUCACCGUGCCUUUUCAUUUUUAGCUUUGCCCAGUUCUGGUCACCUGGAUUGCAUAAUGUUUUCCCCAGUCAUGGACAGUAGGCCUCUAUGCUGUUGUAAUAUCCACACCGACGGAACUGAAACCACCUAGCUGCAUGCUCGGUGUAAAAUAGCUUUUUACCAUGGCCUUCGUUUGACAUGAAAAAUUGACUUGUUUGUAGUACUCAGCGAGUGUUUUUUUGUUUUUUGUUGCGCAUGGCUGCAUGAGUAAUGGAUGGCAGGAAAUAAUGAGUUGUUUACAGCGAGCUGUAAUGUAAAGCAUCUUGACUAAUUCAGGGCUGCCUACCAGCUUUUCGAGUCAAAAGUGUGUUUGCAGUAAACAGAUUUAAAUUCAGCGUUGUUCACCAUGUGGAAAGGAGCAAACCAUGCUGGGACAUGGUUAAGAAUGUUGCCUGGUUCUUGUAGCAUUUCUUCUGUUUUAAACCCGCCCCCAAAUGUGAUCAAAGCUGGGAUCACAUAUUGUAUUGAACAGCACCCCCAUCUUCACGUUAUCACACCGCUCUACCUGCCGCUGGACACGGUCCAACGUCCCAUCAAACUGUGAGCAUUCUUCUCAAACCUAGAUGCUGCUGUUGAGUAAUAUUUGAAUCUGAAAAUGUCAGCCUUGUUAUUUGAAUAACCAGCAUCAGUAUCUCUACAUGUUUUGCUUUAUAGAUGAUUAGGGUGAAAGAUGAGAACCUGCAUUUUGUUCAGCAACAAUACAGCAGCUGUGUGUUCAAGGGUUGCACCCGAGUUGUGCGCUGAACAUGGUGAGAUGUGCGUGUUUGUUGGAUUUCAUGUAUAAAGUGUAUUUUUUUAAGGGGGAUAUAGAGAUAAGAAAUUUUAUAUUCACACUAUAUUGAUGUCAAGGUUCAGCACUUAGUGUUGUUGCCGUUGAUCAUUGUGAAUUCACAUUAUGUCAUGAAAAUAGUUUUUUAAUACGGCUUUAUUGUUGUUAGUCUUUUUCAUUUCUUAAUCAGACACAAUCUUUGAAUGUCUGUCCCGUCUGUUAUUAUUUUACAGUCGCUUCUUCACACUUUGUUUUUUAUUCCUGAUCAUUCUCAGUUCAUUAUUCAUUAUUGUUCAGUAGCUACAUGACAGAUACCCAUUCCAACACCAACCUACACACGCACACACACAUAAAAACUACCCCUCAUUUUUAUGUCACUUCAAUAGAGUUAGCUUUUUCUGAUUGGGGGAUUUUUGGUUGCAAAGACUCAUUGCAACCAUUGAUCUCCAAUAGCAUCAUUCCAUAGGCGGAAGCACAAAGGAUAAUUAUGUUCAAGUAUUGCAGCUUCCUUCUGUUAGUGGCCUUUCUUAGUUUGAAUGUUUAGCAGCCAUAUCUUUCAACAUUUUGUGAGGUAAUUAUGGGAAUAAGUGUUUGAUGACGACGCUUUAUCACUGAGAGACGAUUAUAAUCUGACCGAAACCUUUUCCAUUCAUUCAUCUUUACAACUGGUUGUUUAUACUGUAUUUGUGUCCCCUUCAUGGUUUCAUAUUGUCUUUUACAUUUACCACGGAGCCACUUGUCUGCUCUCACAACAUCGUGCAGUCUAGUCUACCUCACGAAUAUUAAUCUCUGAUAGUUGUCAUGCUGGUGCUCCGUGUUGUCCUUAGCAACAGCACACCACAACUAAUGAUUAUUUUCUAGGGCCGUCCUCGACCAAAGACAUUUUUUAGUCGUCUGACAGUCAUACGAUUUUAUCAACUAAUUGAUUAGUUGAUUUAAUUUAAUCGACAGAUCUGUAAACCUGAGUUCUCCACAAAGAAUCAGAGAAAAGCACCACUUUGAAUCUUUUGUUUACCAGAGAAGUGCUCAUAAGUAUCUUAAGAUAAUUUAUUUAACAUGAAAAGGCGUCGCAAAAUGACUAAUCAACUCAAGAAAUGUUAGUCAACUAGACCAAAAUGACUGAUUAGUCGACGAAUCAACUAAGAGGGGGCAGCCCUAUUUUUUUUUUUUCCAUUCAUUAAUUAUUUUUAUUGUUUUGUCUGUAAAAUAGAAAACUAUAAAAAAUGUUAAUCAAAAUUCUGUGUAAUGAUGUAUUCAAGUUUAUUUCAGUUGAACAGUCCACUACUCAUCAUAGACAACUAAGAGAAAGCAACACAUGUAAUUUCACAUUUGAGAAGCUUGAACCAGUACAUUGGUCGUUUUUACUUAUUUAAUCAUCACAAUUGUUGCUUAUUAUUUUUCUGACGAUCAACUGAUCGAUUAAUCCCUGGAGAUAAUGGCGCAUGAGAAGUGAUUCACAAGAGAUAAAAGGCUGAGACCAUUUAAAGAUACGGUUUUCUCUGAGAAGUCACAGUGAUUUUGUUUUUGGAUGUCAACACAAAAACCAACCAGUUAUUCAAAUAGGACAGAUUUAUUGUUCACAUUGAUUUCUUUCUAUUUACUAGCUUCAUCGUGCAUUAAUUACCAAACAAACUAUUCUGAUGCUCACACUCGAGAUAUUUCUCUUUGUUCAGCUGAUAUUUUUCUCAUAAAGUAUCUUUGUUUUUACAUAAUCUUGUCUCUUACUGACAUGGAUUUAGACUUUUUCCUCAUUUUAUGUCCAUUGAUCUGUAGCCAUAUUAUUGCCUGAAAUGGAUUGCCAGUGUUUAGCAGAUGCUUCUGAUAAGGUUCAAGUGUAAUGUCUGAACAAUGAAAUAAAGCAUGUUUAUUCACUAAAA